CCCUUCGCUCCUGCGCGUCCGCGGCUCUUCUGCUUCUGUUUUAGCUUCUUCUCGCAGCUUUUCCCUCUUUUUCCUCCACAAAGCCCCAAAAACCUCAGAAAUGGGCGACAGCGACGAUGAGCUGGACCGUAGACGUCGGGACAAAUUCCGGAGGGAGAGAAGCGACAUGGAGCGGUCCAGAGAGCGAGAGGAGAGGAGACGAGACGACUGGCCCGAGAGGGACUGGGAUCGUGGCCGUGAGCGGAGGAGAGAGUACGACAGAGGACGGAGAGAACGCUUCUCUCCACCCAGACACAUGAGCCCACAGCACAAACGCAUGAGGAGGGACUGGGAUGACCACCGGGGGGAGCCGUACAGAUAUGACAUGCCGUACGGUGGGCCUCCGUUUCCCGGAGGCCCUCACUGGCCCCCUGAGCUGCCCCACCUGCCCCCUCCGCACGGACACCCCCUGCAGGGACGGUUGGGUUUGAUGGAUCCAGACUUGCCUCCUCCAGGUCCCCCCACCAUGAGGAGCUUCAAGGACUUUCUACUGAACCUCGAGGACAACGUGGACGAGACGGAGGCGGUGAAGCGCUACAAUCAGUACAAACUGGACUUCAGGCGGCAGCAGCUCCAGGACUUUUUCCUCUCGCACAAACAGCACGAGUGGUUCAGGUCCAAAUACCACCCCGAUGACAUCACGGCCAGGAGGGCGGAGACUCAGGCCGCGCUCAAGACCCGACUGGACGUCUUCCUCUUCCUGCUCGACAACCACUGGCUGGACGACAUCAAGCUGGACAUGGACCACGCCUCCAAGAUCGUCAAACUUAUGGACGCAGCUGUGAUAAAGAUGGAGGGAGGCACAGACCUGGACCUGCAGGUUUUGGAAACUCCUGUUGCCGCCGGAGACGCUGAGGGCGGGGCCAGUGCGGCGACGGAGGGCCGGGCUACGGCAGAACCAGGAAGUGACAGCAAAGAUGCAGAUCAGGCAGGAACUUCGGACGAAAAACCAAAAGCAGCGGAGGCCAGCCCUGAGACCAAGGACCAAGAUAAAAAGGAGGAGAACGAAGAGACCAAACAAAACGGAGAGGAGGAAAAGAUGGAUGAAGAGACGAAAGAGGAGGAGGACAAGAAGAAACGGAGCAGGAAAAGAAAACGCAGCGUCUCGGCCGACUCGGGAGAAGGGAGCGCCUCUGAAUCAGACUCUGACCAAUCAGACAAGGAGCAGUCGGACAAGGACCAAUCAGAGCACGAGGAAGACGAGGAGGAGGAGCCUGACAGCGAGCGCCGAAAAGAGCGUAAAGAGAGAAGAAAGAAAGAGGAGGGGCCAGCGAAGCCACGCCCCCUUCACCUGACGACGUCACUGUUCAUCCGGACCAUCCCACCGGAGGUUUCCAAGGAGGAGCUCACCAGUCUGUGUCGUCGGUAUCCAGGAUUCCUGCGGGUGGCGCUGUCCGACCCUCAACCCGAGAGGAGAUUUUUCCGGCGUUGCUGGGUGACGUUCGAUCGCAGUGUGAACAUUAAAGAAACAUGCUGGAACCUGCAGAACAUUCGGCUGAAGGACGUGGAGCUGGCCCCGGUGGUGAACAGAGACCUGUGCAGACGAGUGCGCAGCGUGAACGGACUCACUCACCACAAACCCAUCAUCAGGAACGACAUCCGCCUCUCCGCCAAACUCAUACACGCCCUGGACCAGAAGGGGGCGCUCUGGAGCUCUGAGAUGGAGUCCAACCCAGUUUUGAAGAACAUCACAGACUACCUGAUCGAGGAGGUGAGCGCGGAGGAGGAGGAGCUAACGGGGGUCGCUGCUAACGAAACCAACGAGGCUAAAGACCCGUCAGAGGUCGCCCUGGAAACGGACGAGACGCUGCUACAGGUGUUGGACAGGUUGCUCUUGUACCUGCGUCUCGUUCACUCUGUCGAUUAUUAUAACUUCUGCGAGUACCCGGCGGAGGACGAGAUGCCGCACCGCUGUGGCCUGAUGCACGUGCGGGGCCCCCUGCCUGUGGGGAAGAUCACUGCAGCUGAAGUGUCGGAGCAUUUGAAGAUGUGUGACCAGCGCAUGGCUCCUCUUCUGUGUCUGUCUGAAACUGUGAGCGAAGAGGAGGCAGCCAGACUCGGGAAGAAGGACCCAGAACAGGAGGUGGAGAAGUUCCUGACGGCCAACACUCAGGAGCUCAGCAAAGACAAGUGGCUCUGUCCCCUCAGCGGAAAGAAGUUCAAGGCGCCAGAGUUUGUUCGUAAACACAUCCUCAACAAACACGGAGAAAAAGUCGCCACGGUCAGACAGGAAGUGCAGUUCUUCAACAACUUCCUGUUAGACCCCAAGAGACCCGCCCUCCCCGAGAACAAGCCCCUCCCCCCUCCAGCUCCUCCCACAGCGAUUCAGCCGUUUCCUGGCCAGUCCCCGCAGCAGCAAAGCAUUCUGGGAUACCCUCCUGGAGUGAGGCCGCCUAUGCCUGGUUUCCCUGGUGCUGGUCCUUAUCCAGCUCAGUUUGGAGCAGGAAGAGGAAACUACGACUCUUUUAGAGGAAACCCGAGUUUUCAGAAUAAACCCAGAGGCUCCAGGGGGAUGAGAGGAGACCCGCGCAGCAUCAUUGAAUACAGAGACUUGGACGCUCCAGACGACUUAGAUUUUUUUUAAGCCUGACAUUUUUAACCUCCUUUUUUAAAUUCUUUUUAUUGUAAUAUUCCCUCCAUUCGUUUUGUUUUUGAGUGAAUGAUAAAGUGAAAGAGCGGCACAUCUGUCUCAUAACAAUAAAAGUAACGUGGAGGACUCA